AUGGGCAAAGAAAUACUAAAAAAAUUAAACACUUCUAAAGAUAAUGAAGCAUUGAAUGAUUGGAUUGAAAGUCUUAAAACCAAAUUUAAGAGAGAACGUCGUCCGCUUCAACAAAUAUCUGUACAAGUACAGAAGAUGAAAGCAAAGUAUGGAAAUAGUGCUGGUCGUCCAAUCAAACGAAGUGAGAAUGUCAUUGCACCUCGUCGAAUAUCUCCGGUUCAAUUUUGGAAUACAAUAAAUAUUCACGAUGAUCCAGAAGAUUUAAAUAAAAACAUCCAGGUUAUGAAGAACGAAUUGGUAGAUCGGAAUGUUGAUUCGGAUUUGGUUAGAAGUUCAUGGAAAAAAACAUUAGUUCAAAGAAGAAAUUUCAUUAGAGAUCAUACGACAAAAGAAGUUCUUGAAGAAUACCCAGGUUAUUGUUAUGCUUCAUUGAUUUUCGACGAGAUUCGAUAUGUGUGUAAUGUUGAUAUUGAAGAAAAUUUCAAAUUAAUGUUGCCUAAAUUACUUGAUAGCAUUCCAGAUAAUUCGGGUUUUGUGAACGAUCUUCCAGCUGUACGUUUAAUUAAACUUUUAUCUAAGUAUUUUACUGAUUCAUGGCAACAAAUCGUAUCGAAUAAAGAACCAUUAUCGCCACGACCAGCUAUACAAAUAACAACAGAUCAGUUUAUUAUUUUUCUCGAUUAUGAAGUUAUUAGUGAAACAUCAUCAAUUGAUCAAGCUAUAUGUAUAGUUAUUUCAUUAUAUGUUAUAUUUGAAUUACAAUUUGGUAUACACAAUCGAAUUAUUCAAUUGUUAUAUGGUAUUCUAUUAAAACAAUCUGGAGCAUUAACUAAACCACUACGCAUUUUACUGAAUCAAUGGAGUUUUAUUAUUGAUAAAAAAGAUGAUAAAGAAGGUGGUGAUAUGGUGACAACGAACUCGACAAAUUUCAAAACUAUUACAGCUACAGUUGAAAGUGUGACACAAGUCGAAGAUAAUCAAACUGAUGAUUUACCAGAUAGUGAAGAACAAGAAGAAAUAUAUGUCGAAAAUACAACAGAUAAUAGUCAAGAUCAAACAACAGCUACAAAUAUUGGUGAUAAGGAUCUGAUCAAUGAGUAUUCAUCAGAAUCAUCGGAUUCUUCUUCUUCAUCAUCACCAAUUGAUCCUCCACUUGUUAUUCGCAUUUCACCAACAAAAGAACAACAAAGACAAAUAGCAUCUUCAUCAUCUUCGAGCGAUAAUACAUUAUGUGAAGUGAAUAUCAAACAGCAAGUAUCAGCAACAUCAACUGAUCGAUCUUCAACUAUUUCAAAUAAAAAAACUUCUCAAGCAAAAAAACGUCCUGCUAGUUCCGAAGAACCAAUAGCAUUAC